GGCCUCCGCGGGGGCGGCGGGCGGAGAAGUAAAACCAGGCCCCGUGAGGGCCGCGGGGCUGGAGCCGGAGCCGCCGCCGCCACGGGAAGGAGAUGAUAGGUGGAAAUGCAUCCUGUACUGCAGGACCAAUGCCUAUGUCCUACUUGACCUGCCUGACUUACAUCCUGGGAGAAUGGACUGGCGUGGAGCAUAUUGAAGAUUAUCUGAGUUAUGCAGUCUACCUUUUGUGGGUGCUUUUGCCACUGGCAGUAGUUUUUGUACUGCCAGGAAGUAUUGUCGUCCUCUUUUAUACUUCUAUUCUCCUCCUUCAUAUUUAUAAAAGGAAGAAUGAACUAAAGGAAGCUUAUUCCCAUGAUUUUUGGGCUGGUGGAAAACAAAUGUUGGCAACCCUAUGGGAUGGACAUGGAAGAAUAUGGCAUGGUUAUGAGCUUCACGGGACUGAAAAUAUUCCUGAAGGACCAGGACUUAUUGUGUUCUACCAUGGAGCUACUCCUGCUGACUGUAUCUAUUUCAUGGCUAGACUUCUGAUAGAGAAGAAGAGAUCCUGCUAUGUAGUAGCUGAUCAUUUUGUCUUUAGAUUACCAGGUUUUAAAAUAUUACUUGAUGCACAUGGGGUUAUGCAUGGACCAAAAGAGGAGUGUGUCAGAGCCCUGAAGAAGGGCUGCCUGUUGGCCAUUGCCCCAGGAGGCGUUCGGGAAGCGCUCUUCAGUGACGAGAUGUACACAAUCAUCUGGGGCGAUCGGAAGGGCUUUGCUCAGGUGGCCAUCGAUGCAAAAGUGCCCAUCAUUCCUAUGUUUACACAAAAUGUCCGAGAAGGCGUUAGGACAUUAGGAGGAAUAAAAAUCCUCAGGACACUCUAUGAACGCAUCAGACUGCCUAUAGUUCCUCUGUAUGGUGGCUUUCCAGUCAAGCUUCGGACAUUUAUUGGAGAGCCCAUCCCAUAUGAACCAAAUGUAACUGCUGAGGAACUAACUGCAAAGACAAAAGCAGCACUCCAAGCUCUAAUAGAAAGACGUCAGAAAAUACCAGGAAAUAUAUUUAGGGCUUUGAUGGAACGAUUUCAAAGACAAAAGAAAGAUGAUUAAGAUCUUCUGAGCAAACAAACUACUGUUUAACUAUAAUGUUCUUAAAGUCAUAUUUGUAACUUAUUCAUUCUUCUAAUGGUAGGUUUGAAAUAUUGUCCUCAUGAUACUGCUGUGUAACUGAAGAUCUAAAACACUUGCCCCUGCCCUUCCCCCCCUGUCCAGUGUCAAGCUCAGGAACCCGAACUUCAAAUCAUUCAAGAGCUUAGUUUUCAAUCAGUGCAUUCCUACCUUGGAAGUGUGUUUUUAAGAAGUGACACUGCAAGUCUUUUUCUACAUGAUCUCUUGUCUUUUGAUUUUGUUUCCCCCACGUGUGGUUGUUUUUUAACCUGAGUGUCAGACCUGCUGUAGAGCUAGAAUCUUACUGUCGUGAUCAACGUUGCUGUCCCCAGGUUUUGCAGACCACAUGAAUGCUCUCCAGCGUUUAUAAAAGCCUUCUUUAGGUUGUUACUCUCGAGCUGUUGGGAAACUGGUUCUGUGGCCUGCAGAACCCCUAGAAACACCAGCAAAACCCAGUUACAGUGUUCAGUUUUACUGGGGGAGCACAGAAGGAGCUUGGAGGAGUGAAAAUUGGUCUGAGAACUGCUGUGAACUCAGGAAGUUUGUUAGGGAAACAGCCUCGCUGCUGUGAAUGAGAAGCCGACAGCAGAGCUGCUGUUCCAAGCUGACCUGUGUUGGAGAUCUGCCCUUCAGCUGAGAGCUGUCCUGUGUUCUUCUCAGUCAACCUACAAUUCCUCCUUUCAGAGAGUGAGGCAAGCAUUUAAACUUGAAGUAGUGGAAAGGAGAGCACCGCUUAGUAACGUCAGUCCUAAAGCUUUGUUGUGAAGGAAAGACCAACAUUAGCACAGCGCUCCUUUUAAGAGCAGUAGUCCUUUUGAAAGCACAGAGAGCCAUUCCCAAGUAACCUGGAGCUAACUGUGAGCUGUUCAGUGCCCAUAGCCUUCAAACAGCUAUUUGGCUAAGUUAUUAAAGCAGGGGUGAGAGGGAAGUCCUUUACACUUAAGUGAAAAGAAAGGAAUGAGCAGGAGAGAGCUGCAGGGUUGGGCUUUUGUGCACUCAGAGUAAAUGAUACUACUCUGGGGUGUUUUUUUUCUGAACCAAAGCCAAAUAGGAAAUACCUGAAAUAUUUCUUCUGAUUGCCAGCAAGUUUGAUUUGCAGUUCAUAAAUUAACAUCUGGGAACUCUUUAGUUUUGGGAUGAAGACAGAUUCCUUCAGGAAAGACACAAGAGGGUUUUGCUUUAUUACAUGAGCUUCUUUCAACAACCAGCCAGAUAAAACCCCAACGACCCAGCUUUGUGUUCUAUUUAGUAUCCAUCCCUCUCCCCAUGUAAGGGUAUAAUUGCUUUAUACCCUUUUAAAUGUGUAAAUUAGUGAUGAUAAAAGUGCAUGUGGGUGAUGUCUUCUGUUAGAAAAACAUCACUUUCUGGGCAAGAGUUUAUAAAUGAUAGUUUACGACAGGACCAAGCUUACUUCUGUGAUGUUAUUUUCUGUCAGGGGCAUUUUGUGUGGCGUUGAAUUAAAUUUCCUGGAGGUUGAAGAAGAAUCAUGUUAGAUUAAAGCCCAGAUCUGAAGUGAUUUCAGUGGCUUCAAGGUAAUUUGAAGGCCAAGUUGUGUUCUUCCAAUUGAUCAGGAUGUUUUAAAGAGCUAUUAGGUUAACAAAGUGUGACUUUAAAAGUGAUGAUGCCUAAUCCCUACAUUCCUAUAUCAGAGCAGAACUUCAGUAUGACUUUGUUGUCCAUCCUGAGGAAAAUGCACAUCAGUCUCUAGUGUGAAAUCCUCAAAGGCAGCUGCAUGUAUUCCAUAUAGGUAAAAAAAAUCCAACUCUGAGGUUCUGUGAAACAGCCAUUUGGGAUCUGAGGUUUUGUAGAAUGUAUUUUACUAGCUCUGUGGGCUGUUGGAUGAGGUUUUGUCCCUUUCAGUAUUGAAUGAUGAUUCUAGAAUCUGAAAGGCAGUAUUGUUGAUAUUUGUAUAGGCCUUUCAUAUUUAUUUCUAUAUAUAUAUAUAUAAAAAGAUGUAAAGAAGAAGACACCUUUCGAAUAAAAGCGACAACUGGAA